AUGUCUGGGGCUAGGGGAGCCUGGCCACAACGUGCGCUUGCUUUGCUUGUCCCGGGGACGUUCACUACGAGCGCGUUCAUGGAUUCUUCCGGGGAAAAGCAGCCAAGUCCUGUCAGCAGCCCAUCAAGUAUGUUCGCCGAUGGUGCCAAUGACUUGGUAGCGGGAAUCCUGCUUGACCGUUUUUGGUGGUCAUUGGGCUUUGAGAAGGUCGCCAUGGGUCUUCUUACCCUCGUUGAGGAUCGGCCUACGCCAAAGGCUGUGUACAAUUGGCGUGUGUAUACGGCGGCGAGUGUCGCAUCGUGGGCAGCUUGUAUGAUCGGUUACGACAGUGCUUUUAUUGGGACGACGUUGGCUCUUCCGUCUUUUGCAGAGGAAUUCAAGUUUGCGGAGAUGAGCAAGGCACAUCUUAACUUGACAAAGGCGAAUAUUGUCUCCGUGUACCAGGCGGGUGCUUUCUUUGGCGCGUUUGGAGCGUAUGCUUCCAGUCAUUAUAUUGGGAGAAGGAAGUCGCUGAUUCUUUGGACUUUGAUCUUCAUCAUAGGCGCUGGCAUGAUGCUUGGUGCUAAUGGUGACCGCGGUCUCGGCUUGAUUAUCGGAGGGCGUGUCCUAGCAGGCCUUGGUGUAGGUGGAUGCAGUAACAUGGUUCCGAUCUACAUCUCCGAACUUUCACCACCAGCCGUUCGUGGACGAUUAGUCGGUAUUUAUGAGUUGGGCUGGCAGGUGGGAGGCCUUGUGGGUUUCUGGAUCAAUUACGGACUAGAGCAGACCAUGGCACCCUCCCACAAGCAAUGGAUCAUUCCUUUUGCUGUACAGCUGAUUCCCGCUGGAUGCUUGUUGAUCGGCGCGGUCUGGAUGCGAGAGUCGCCGCGUUGGUGCUUAUCAAAGGGCAGACGCGAACAAGCGCUCAAGGACCUGUGCUGGAUCCGAAAUCUUCCUGAAGACCACCCCUACAUCAUGGAGGAACUUGAGGCUAUAGACGCCCAAGUCGAGCACGAUAGGAUUACCGUUGGUCCUGGUUUCUGGAAGCCGUUCGCGGCGCUCAAGCAACGCAAGGUUCAGUACAGGCUGUUCUUGGGAGGAAUGUUGUUCCUAUGGCAGAAUGGCUCCGGUAUCAACGCCAUCAACUACUACUCACCCACAGUCUUCAAGUCCCUCGGCGUAACCGAAGGUUUCCUCACCACCGGCAUCUUCGGCGUCGUGAAGACAGUCCUGACGAUUUUUUGGCUUCUAUACCUGAUCGAUCGCCUCGGCCGCACCAAGCUCCUCAUGUUGGGCGCUCUGGGAGGAUCCCUCUGCAUGUGGUACAUUGCCGCAUACAUCAAGAUUGCCGACCCAGCAAACAACCCAAGCAGGGACGGCAAGCUAACCUCAGGAGGAAUUAGCGCGGUUUUCUUCUUCUACCUCUGGACAGCGUUUUACACACCUUCAUGGAACGGAACGCCGUGGGUCAUCAACAGUGAAAUGUAUUCGCAACAGACUCGCAGUUUAGGCCAAGCGUGCGCCGCGGCGAAUAACUGGUUUUGGAACUUCAUCAUCUCGCGCUUUACGCCUCAGAUGUUUAGCACCAUGGGUUAUGGCGUAUACAUGUUCUUUGCCUGCCUCAUGUUGCUAUCGAUUCCUUUUGUCUUCUUCCUUAUCCCGGAGACCAAAGGUAUCCCGCUGGAGCGCAUGGACGAGCUCUUCGAUAUGCGACCUACGUACCGUGCGCACCCGCUGCUUUUGGAGAGAUUGAAGGAGAAUGAGGAUGUAAAUGUUGUUAUUAGGGAUGAGAAGGCGAAGGGCGAGCAUAAUGAAAUGGCUUGA